UUCCUCCCGGGGUCGGAGGCCGAUUUGCCUUGUGGCGGGUUCGAGUCCCGCCUCCUGACUCUUGCCUCUAGCUCCUGAGUCUUGGGCAGGGUGCAUGAGCAGCAUAACCUGUCCUAGACGAGGUUCGACGGUAUAUCUUGGGCUUCGCCAUGGAGGAGUACCUGCAGGGUUGUCGAGCUGCUCUGCAGGAGUCCCGACCUCUGCAUGUUGUGCUGGGAAAUGAAGCCUGUGACUUGGACUCCAUGGUGUCUGCUCUUGCCUUGGCUUUUUACCUGGCAAAGACAACUGAGGCCAAUGAUGUCUUUGUGCCAGUUUUAAAUAUAAAACGUUCUGAGCUCCCUCUACGAGGUGACAAUGUCUUCUUCCUUCAGAAGGUUUGCAUUCCAGAGACUAUCUUGAUUUUUCGGGAUGAGAUUGACCUCCAUGCGUUGCACCAGGCUGGCCAACUCACUCUCAUCCUUGUUGACCAUCAUGUCUUACCCAAAAGUGACGCAACCCUAGAGGAGGCAGUAGCAGAGGUGCUAGACCAUCGACCCAUCGAACAGAAACACUGCCCUCCCUGCCAUGUUUCAGUUGAGUUGGUUGGGUCCUGCGCUACCCUGGUGACUGAGAGAAUCCUGCAGGGGGCACCAGAGAUCUUGGAUAGGCAAACUGCAGCCCUUCUGCAUGGAACCAUUAUCCUGGACUGUGUCAACAUGGACCUUAAAAUUGGAAAGGCAACCCUAAAGGACAACACAUAUGUGGAGAAACUGGAGGCCCUCUUUCCAGAUCUGCCCAAGAGAAAUGAAAUCUUUGAUUCCCUGCAAAAAGCAAAGUUUGAUGUGUCAGGACUGACCACUGAGCAAAUGCUGAGAAAGGACCAGAAGACCAUCUGUAGACAAGGCAUCAAGGUGGCAAUUAGUGCAAUAUAUAUGGAUUUGGAGACCUUUCUGCAGAGAUCUGACCUCCUUGCAGAUCUCCAUGCCUUCUGCCAUGCUCACAGCUAUGAUGUCCUGGUCGCCAUGACUAUCUUUUUCAACACUCACAAUGAGCCAGUGCGGCAGUUGGCUAUUUUCUGUCCCCAUGUGGCACUCCGAAUGAUGAUCUGUGGAAUCCUGGAACACUCCCACUCUCCAUCCCUGAAGCUGACCCCUGCCCCAAGCACCCACCCUAACCUCCAAGCCUAUCUUCAAGGCAACACCCAGGUCUCUCGAAAGAAACUUCUGCCUCUGCUCCAGGAAGCCCUGUCAGCAUAUUUUGACUCCACAAAGAUUCCUUCAGGGCAGCCUGAGACAGUGGGUAUAUCCAGGGAGCAGGUAGACAAGGAUUUGGACAGGGCGAGUAACUCCCUAAUUUCUCGACUGAGUCAAGAUGAGGAGGACCCUCCACUGCCCCCCACACCCAUGAACAGCUUGGUGGAUGAGUGCCCUCUGGAUCAGGGGCUGCCUAAGCUCUCAGCUGAGGCCAUCUUUGAGAAGUGCAGUCAGAUCUCGUUGUCACAGUGUACCACUGCAUCUGUGUCAAAGAAGUAACUGUUGGGAGGGGAGGGGACAGAGGGCGGGGUUGCUCGACCCAUCUCAAAUGCAUGUUUUGAUAUGUUCUGGAGAUUUAGCAAUUCUGUCUUCAUUGCUCCAGGGUGUGGUAUACUGUUCUUAUAAAACUGGGAGGAGAAUGAAGUGAAAGAAAGCAGCUGCUUUAAGAAUGGCUUUCUACCUUUUCCCCCCAAUCUCUGCCAAUCAGACAUUUUAUUAUUUAAAUCUUCACUGACUUUCCUUUAUUUCAUUUGCCAUGGGUACAGGGUGAUACACCCACAGUCCCAGCAGAUUGAGACAAAAAGAAUGUAGACCCCAAAAGUACCCUUGGUUAGGAUCUUGAACAGAACCAAUAUCUGUCUUGGAACGAUGUAUUCAUUGAUUAUCUCUGUGUAUUCAUUUAUUCACUUAUUCAUUUAAGUAUUUAUUGAAUACCUGCUUCAAGCUAGAUAGAAAAGAGAGCAUACUUUGGAAAGUCUUAUUCAGUUUUCAGCCUUCAACAGGUUUCCAGCUUCAUGCCUCUUCUUUCUGCCCCUGGGUAGGUGAUGGUGUUUGAUUCAGAGAGGAUGAAUUUCUUUCUUUCUUUUUAUUUUUUUUUAAAGAUGACCGGUAAGGGGAUCUUAACCCUUAACUUGGUGUUAUCAGCAUCACACUCUCCCAAGUGAGCCACGGGCCAGCCCUAGACAUCUAUGAAUUUCUGUUCUGAGCUUAUUGUGACUGUUUUAGGUCUUGUAUGAGGCAGAUAGGAGGCCAUUAUCUUCUGUCCUGAUCAGGUAGCCUGGUUCUCUUGUUUCUUUAGAUCCCUCCAUCCCAGAGCCACAGGAACCCUGAAGAGACUCUGAAGACCCCUUGUUCUUGAGAGUUCAGGAGGCACUCAAGAAGGCCUUAAGACCUCGUAGGCACUCUGCCCAAAAGAUAGCAGAACUGGAAUGAGAGCCCUGGGUCUGUGUCCCUUCCCUUAGUGGGUUUAUCCAUUUCUUGUUCAUAUCUGUCUCUCCUUGCUCAUUUUGAAAGGAAGCAUGGAGUUCUAAUACUGACUGCCAUAAACGGUGUGUCUUUUGGCAAGACACUUCACUACUCUAGGUCUCAUUUUCCCCAUCUGUAAAACAGGGUUUGAACCAGAUGUUCCCUGGUGAUCUGUGAUCUGCCUCUUGCUGCCAUUCUUUCUCUCUUCUGCUUCUCUGUGUUUUUCUUUUGUUUUCCCUGGGAAUGCUCAGGGUCACUGGAUUGUCUGUAUUUAUGUGUGACUGUACCAAGGGACUCAUGUAGCAUAUACAGGGGUAUGAUUCAUACUAACAUGACCCAGCAAAAAGCUCCUUCCCACCAUCUUGUUUUGCAUGUGUAGAGUCUCCCUUUUUUCUUCAGACUAACCUGAUCCCCCUUUUCCUACCCCACAGAUCUAUUCCAUGUACAUUGCCAACAGUUUCACUGAACAGUGGGGUUUGUGGUAGUUUUGGCAUGACAUCUUCCAGUAUGAGGGGGACAGUCUGACUUCAUUUUGAGAGUAUGAUGUCUGUAGUCAUUUGGAAGGUAAAAAUUGUUGUGUGAUCACUGAACCAAAGGAAUUUAUGUUUUGUAACUUGGGUACUUUAUUUUGAAUUUUUUAAAAAGUAUUAAAAUACAUUUUUCCUGUU